AUGGAUUCUCCGUCUAGUGUUCUGUCUAGCCCAUCGAAGGCUCUCAAUCCGCUAUCGCCCGAACGCAUCAACCAGCAAGCAGUGCCUACUUCGCCUUCCGCCGCUGCCGAUUUCCUGCGUCUUCAACGCAAGGGAAACAGAGGUCUCUCCGAUGUCCAGGCAAAGGUCGCCUAUUUGAAUCAUCUGUCUCGCGGUAACAGUCCAGCGGCCGCGUCAGCGCAAGCAGCAGCAUCGGCAGGAGGUGCCGCCGCACUUCAGCGGGCCAUAUUGGGGCGUGAAGAGGCAGAGUCUGCUCUCGUCAGAGUUUCAGGUCAACUUUCCGAAUCUCAAUCCCGCGAACACCGGAUUAGUGAGAGGCUUGAGUCUUUACUAGAAGAACUGCGAAGUGCCAAGGAGCGCCAGGCCCAUGAGAGACUAGUCUUCGAAAAGGAAAUCCGGAAAUCGCGCAAGGAAGCUUUUCGUGCCGGCUCUGCCCUUGUGAAAACACAGGAGGACCUUAAGCAUGCGAGGAUCGAGGCAAAAAUCCUGAAGGAGGAGGUUCAGCUCGAGCGAGGAGCAAAGGAACAGGCAAAGCAAGAGGCAUUCGAGAGAGCAUAUGCGCUGGCAGGCCUGACGGAAGAGCUGGAGGUUCUUAAAGGACAACUUCGUUCCGCAGAAGCCAACACCCAUGCGGAUACCCUAGAAGCCCAAGCUCAGCAGAUCAACAAGCAGGAUAUUGGAAGGAUGUCAUUAGCCGAGGGAGAUCUCGCCCUGCUAUUGACUCCUACCCCGCGACGGCCAAAGCGAUCUGCCGAGGACCCAAAUAUUACACCCGUCGCUGAGUCCACCGAUCCUACAUGCGUUCAAGAUACCACGCCGAAGCGGCAAAGGCUAUCGGACAUUACACCUCAACAGGGACCCCGGGAGUUCGUUGUCCCAUAUCAAGUACAUGAUCUUAUCGAGGACCUCAGAUACGACCUUGAUUUGGAAAGACGACUCAGACUCAGAGCCGAGGAUAUGGUUGAAUAUAUGAAAGUUGAAUGUAUGUUCAACCGAUGCACUUGCCGUAUUCGUGAGGAAAUCGAAAAUGCCGCUCUCGCCAAGCAACAGAUCCAUACUAUUGACCACCACGAAUGUCAGGACGAGAUGGAAGGCCACGAGGAUGAAAGCCAUAACAUUGCCUCCGCCGAAACAGUGACGUCUGUCGACGAUGAAGCCAAGGUUAUCGAAACCAAACAGGAGGAAGAGGGGGACGGGGCGGAGGAGAAAAGAGAGGGAGAGGGAGAGCCGCUCAUCACAUUCUCUCCAGUGACCGGAACCUUCCGCACUAUUCCCUCUCCUGUUCGAGGAUCUCCCAAAAAGCAGAUUGAAGACUCUACUUCCGAAGAGCCCGAACCUCUAGCUGCUCACCGCGAGAGCGAAUUGGAGGCUCAACCCGUAUUUGCCAGUCCCAUUGCGAAGUAUGAAUCCCAUGCGCAUGAAAGUCAAUCUGAAUCAAUUAUGCAAAGCGAAGCUUAUUCCAGAGAUUUGACUCCAGGAUCUCACAAUUCUCCGAUGAUUGCUGAAGCGCAGUGGCAAGCUCGAUUUUCGACCGGGGAGCAUGCAGAGAACGAAAUUGUCAGCCUAAAAAGAAUUCCCCUGCGAACCGAUGAUGAACAGUCCAAUCGCUUCGCUACUGUCCCAGGUACACCAGUCAGCCGGGAACAAGCGUUAGCUCAGAUCAGAGCCCGACGAGGGAGAACCAGCACCAUGAAAAGAUCUGUCAGUGCAAACGACGCUGCACUCCGGGCUAGUGCGAUAAGCACAACUCCAGUCAGAGCAGCGCGACGGAUCCCCGGGCUUCAACAUACCGAUCCACGAGGCGAAGGGGCUCCAAGGAGUCGCAGAGACCUAAGUGCCCCCAUGCGGAUGCUGCAUCAUUGA